AUGGAUGCUUGGGUCAAGCAGUUAGCAGUGACAGUGCUGCUUGCUAUGGUUGAUGCUCAGCUGCCAAAGCCAGCACGGGCCCCUUUGGCUCUGCACAAGCCCUUCAUAGUUGUUUGGAAUGCACCAACGGAGCAGUGCAGGCUACGGUACAAGGUGGACCUGGACCUCAGUGUUUUCGACAUUGCAUCCAACACCAAUGAGACUCUGAGCGGGUCCAAUGUGACAAUCUUCUAUCACACUCAUUUAGGAUACUAUCCCUACUACUCAGAUAAUGGAGAUCCUGUCAAUGGAGGGGUGCCCCAGAAUGAAAGUCUUAUCAAACACUUAAACAAAGCCAAGUCUGACAUUGACUAUUGCAUACCCAUGAAGAAAUUCCAGGGACUUGCAGUCAUUGACUGGGAAAACUGGAGACCCCAGUGGGAUAGGAACUGGGGCAAUAAAAGCAUUUAUAGAAAUAAAUCUCUUGAGAUAGUUAGGGCACGACAUCCUCAGUGGCCAGAGGGCAAAAUUAGGAAAGUGGCGAAAGAGGAAUUUGAAAAUGCUGGCAAGAGUUUUAUGAACAGCACUAUCCUCCUGGCAGAGCAUAUGAGACCCAACGGUUUGUGGGGUUACUAUCUUUACCCAGACUGCUACAAUUACGAUUACAAAGAACAUCCCCAAACAUAUACAGGGAAAUGUCCCGCCAUUGAGUCUUCCCGCAAUGACCACCUGCUUUGGCUGUGGAAGGAAAGCACUGCUCUCUAUCCUUCUAUAUACCUGGAUUAUAUACUGAAGUCAAGUCCAAAUGCACUAAAGUUUGUUCACUAUCGGGUUAAGGAGGCCAUUCGUGUUGCCUCCAUUGCUAGAAAAGACUACGUUUUGCCUGUUUUUGUUUACUCCAGACCAUUUUAUGCCUAUACUUUUCAUGUUUUAACAGAGACAGAUCUGGUCAGUACCAUUGGUGAAAGUGCAGCCUUGGGAGCAGCUGGAGUUGUUCUCUGGGGCAGUAUGCAAUAUGCCAGCUCAAAGGAGAGCUGUUCAACUGUGAAAAGGUAUGUUGAUGGACCCUUAGGACAUUACGUCAUUAAUGUGACCUCAGCAGCCAAACUCUGUAGCAAAGUCCUGUGUAAGAAGAACGGAAGAUGUAUCCGCAAAAACAGUGACUCUUCCGCUUACCUCCAUUUGUCACCCACUAAUUUUAAGAUCCAAGCACAUCACUCAGAGAGGGGUACCAGAUUCCAGGUGACUGGUGAACCCAGCCUGGAGAGUAUUGAAAGCAUGAGGCAAAGAUUCAUGUGCCAGUGUUACCAGGGCUGGACGGGGAUAUUUUGUGAAUUGCCUGACAAAAGGCUAAUGGAGCACUGGGUUCACAUUGUGUUCAGUAGAUCUAGAAAAGAAAAGUUUUAUGUCUUCCUCUUAGGAGCUCUGCAGCUUCGUCUUCUUUAUACUGCACACUGA